GGGGGCGCGGUUAUGUAUCAGGGACCUUCCUGCCAUCUUCACGGUCCUCGGCGAGUAGUUUAUGGGAAAGCUGCUUCGGCGGGAUAGUCUUAGUUCCCACCGCGGUGCCCCGUUUAUCGUGCAAACCCCAGUAUGUCAGACAGGAGGAUGAGCGACCCGGUUAAAAACGUCGCUUCCAGUACGGCAUCAGCGGUUCCAGUAGGGGCCACUGCCCCCUGCUCUGACACUUACAAAGGCUGGCUUUUUAAAUGGACAAACUACAUAAAGGGGUACCAGCGCCGAUGGUUCGUUCUAAGCAACGGCCUGCUAUCAUAUUACAGAUCUAUGGAUUUAUGUUUCCUGGAGAUUUGUGGCCAUGAGAAUUCCAGGACGCAAGCUGAGAUGGCCCACACUUGUCGAGGCACCAUUAACCUGGCCAUGGCUCACAUCGACACGGAGGACUCGUGCAACAUCGUACUGACCAGCGGGGGCCGCUCCUACCACCUGAAGGCAAGUUCGGAGGUGGAGAGGCAGAGAUGGGUCACAGCCCUGGAGUUAGCAAAGGCAAAAGCCAUUGGAAUGAUGCACGAACAGUCAGAUGACUCAGGGGAUGAGGAGUCCACCUCUCAGUCAGAUAAGAGUGAGAUCCACAGCACCCUGAAAACCCUCUCCAGCAAGCUCGAGGAUCUGAGCACCUGCAACGACCUCAUCGGCAAGCAUGGGGCAGCCCUGCAGAGAUCCCUGAGCGAGCUGGAGAGCCUGAAGAUCCCUACCGAGAGCGGAGACAAGAUCAAAUCAGUCCACGAGAGAGCCACCCUCUUCAGGAUCACCUCCAAUGCUAUGAUCAAUGCAUGCCGUGAUUUCCUGGAGCUAGCAGAGACCCACAGUCGGAAAUGGCAGCGAGCGUUGCAGUAUGAGCGUGAGCAGAGGAUCCGUCUGGAGGAGACCAUCGAGCAACUAGCAAAGCAGCACAACAGCCUGGAGCGAGCCUGCAGGCAAGCGCCUGCUCUGACCAACACCCCAGCCAUCUCCAACACUGCCACAGAGUGUGUGCGACCUUUGAAAGGGGAAGCGAGUGACGAAGAUGAAGAGACUGAGUAUUUUGAUGCCAUGGAGGAUGCGCCAGCCUUUAUCACAGUAGCAGCGGACCACAAACAGCACAGACAUUUAGGGAGCAAUCAAAGCGAGGCCAGUGGAGGACAGCCCAACGAUUGGAACCUGGAGGAUCAUGUGUUAGACUGUCAGCACCAGGCUGGCUGUAAUGAAUCAGCUAUGAGGGAAGUCAUGCCGAGAAAGAAGAGGCGGACCCGCAUCCCUGACAAGCCCAACUACAGCCUGAACCUGUGGAGCAUCAUGAAGAACUGCAUCGGCAAGGAGCUCUCCAAGAUCCCCAUGCCAGUGAAUUUCAAUGAGCCGCUGUCCAUGCUCCAGAGGCUGACGGAAGACAUGGAGUACCACGACUUGCUGGACAAGGCUGCCAAGUGUGAGAGCAGCAUGGAGCAGAUGUGCUACGUGGCUGCGUUCUCCGUGUCCUCCUACUCCACCACGGUGCACCGCACAGCCAAGCCCUUCAACCCCCUGCUGGGGGAGACCUACGAGCUGGACCGGCUGGAGGAGCAGGGCUACCGCUCCCUGUGUGAGCAGGUGAGCCACCACCCACCUGCGGCAGCGCACCACGUGUACUCAAAGAGAGGCUGGACGCUGCGACAGGAGAUCACCAUCGCUAGCAAGUUCCGCGGGAAAUACCUCUCCAUCAUGCCACUGGGUGCCAUUCAUUUGCAGUUCCACUCCAGCGGAAACCAUUAUGUUUGGAGGAAAGUCACCUCUACCGUGCACAACAUCAUUGUGGGCAAGCUCUGGAUCGAUCAGUCGGGGGAUAUAGACAUAGUUAAUCAUAAAACCAAGGAAACCUGCCAGCUCAAGUUCUCGCCCUACAGCUACUUCUCCAGGGACGUCGCCAGAAAGGUAACAGGCGUGGUGACGGACGGAGAUUCGAAGGCGCACUACAUCCUCUCAGGCACGUGGGAUGAUAAGCUGGAGUAUUCGAAAAUCGUGCAGAGCAGUAAAGGGAACAGCAGCUCCGAGGGCAAGCAAAAGACAGUGUACCAGACCCUGCCGUCCAAACUGCUCUGGGAGAAAUACCCACUCCCGGAGAAUGCUGAGAACAUGUACCACUUCUCCGAGCUGGCUCUCACCCUGAACGAGCCCGAGGAGGGGGUGUGUCCGACGGACAGCCGGCGGCGGCCGGACCAGCGGCUCAUGGAGAGCGGGCGCUGGGACGAAGCCAACGUGGAGAAGCAGCGUCUGGAGGAGAAGCAGAGAGCCGUGCGGCGCAGGAGAGAGGCAGAGGCUGUGGAGGCUCAGGAUGAUGAGUCUGAAUAUGACUCGGGCAAAGAAUACGAAGGCUAUCAACCACUAUGGUUUGAGAAGAAGGUGGACCCCAUAUCUCGGGAGACUGCUUUUGUAUAUAAGGGGGGUUACUGGGAGGCAAAAGAGAAAAAGGAUUGGAAGAAGUGCCCUGAUAUAUUCUGAGGAAACAGAGACAGAUGGACCUCGAAAACCUCUAUUUCAGCAAUAGAAAAGAGAAAAAGAGUGAGGAAAUGCAUAUAAAUAUCUUUAUCUAUCUAGACUGCACUGGAGCCCAAACUACUCACAACCGCCAGACUCCUUGGUGUGUGACACUAACCAAGCAAAGUAACGACCACUUGCUGCGACUACAGUGAUCUACAAUGUGUAACCCUCUGAAAGAAACACAGGCAGAGAAAGGAGAGAAAAACAGUGGUGGCAUUUGAUAGCAAUCCAGUGACAGCAGUGACGCGUAAACACAAGUGUAAUGUCCGGUACAGGGUUAAUUAGAGAAUUUCUGUUGUCGCAGGGUGUGCUUCAAAUAAUACAGCCUCUGAGCUUUUUCUGAUGAUCAUUUCUAAAACUAAACAUUUUCUUUUUUAAUUGUACAGGUUUGAAAGAUGGUCUUAAAUAGCUUAUUAAGAUUCUCUUUGUAUGUCAUUGUCCGUUUAUCGAUACAUCAAGGUGACUUUUUAAAUCACCCCCCUGUGAAACCAAUAGAGUUCUCAAACAUGUCUUAUCUCUAAGUACAGCUGGUACACCAGAGUGUAACCAUUAACCUGUUCACCGGCCACACUCCCUGUGAUUGGCUCAAAUGCAGUAAAUGUUCUAUCCACAGGUGUUGCACGGAAUCAAUUAAUGGUAACAUUUUGAGAUGAGACAUGUUUCUAAAAGCUCUGUUGAAGCUGCAGGGAUGCUUUUAAAAGAGUUUUAAAAAGUGACCAGGAUGUGAUGAGUGAAACAGAAAAUGAUAUACAAAGUGAUUCUAAACAACAACAAUAACACAGAUAUUGAUAACUGUAAUAUUUAGUGGACUGGUCCAUAUAACAGUGAAUUAUCUAAAGGUUGUGUAUGCUAUUACACAAACUAUAUCAAAUGGUCAUAAAAUAAGGAAUGGGUCAUGAAUUCAAAAUAGUAAUACUAAGGCAGAAUGAAUCAGUAAAUAAGGUAUGAUUUGUGAACUGUAUGUAAAGGCCACAUACAGGAUACUUUAUCUUUUGCUGUUUUAGCAGUGUGUGUGGUAUAAAGUUGAAUCAGGAAUGUUACUUUGCUGUCAUGCUGUGUCAAGACACUGCAAGCAAACAAAUGCCACCAGUGUAGCUUCUUUGAAGGUACCUUCUCAAGGGACUUAAUGGAAACAAUACCUUUAAAAAACAGAGCAAUUAGUAAGCCGGAAAGGGUACAGUAUGUGUCUUUUUCCAGUAGGUCCUGGACUUUUAAAAGACAAUCAAUACCGCUCUGUCAAACUGAAAUGAAGGAUCUGGUGCUUAACACCUUCUCUCCGAGUUCCCAGAGGAAAGAAAGCUCUGGGAAAGUAUACAGCAAGCUCAUUUGAAUUGGAAGAUUGAAGGUAAUUUUGAGAGAGGUCAUCAGGUGGCACAACACCAAAAAUAUGCUUGAAAGAAUUAAAAGAUUGGGGGUUCCUGAGUGGCUGACCUGGUCAGGGCACGGCCGUGUGGUGUGCAGGGCAAGUCAUAUACUCUAGGGAGUGUAGAUUAGUGUCUUGGCUCGGUAUGCUGUUGUCCACUGAGUUCAAACGGACCUGCCAUUUGUCCUCCAGGGUUAUUUUGAUAAAACAAUACAAAGUUGGCAUUUCAUCCAAUGCCAUUAACACAGGACACACUGAUGUUCUUUAGUGCAGCUUCAGCGAAUUGAUUGACAAAGAACCGAAGCUGCGUUUUGCCCAUCAGAUGUUGGUUCUUAUUAAUUUGUGAUUUAUUAGAUUUGAAUUAGCCACCAGUGCAGCAUUAAGACAACAUGUGAAAGCCUUCCUUUGAAAAACACCAAGCAGGUGCCAUUCGCUUCCUGAUGACGUCAAAAGCCAAAUUAGAGAAGGGGUUCAGAACUGGCUAGAUGGUAUUAUUGGAACAACUAAGAGCCUCAGUCAUGGUUCACAUGAUUGCUGCUAACGGCAGUCAACACACAAGUAUUUACAUUACAAAAGUAAAUCUCGGAUCAGGCAUUGUACUGUAACAUCAAAUACCAAUAAGUUAUCCAAAAUAUUAUAAAUGAUAUGAGAACUAUACCAAUUACUGUAUUCUAAUCCUGUGCAUGGAUGAACAGCUCAAAACUGGCGUCUAAAAAAAUGCCCUUUCAUGUUUAAUAGUAGUUCCUGGCCACAAUGUUGUUUUUUGUGAUUUAUGGUGUAAUUUAAGAGGUGUCAUUUCACACAGUUUGAAUGGACAGAACCUCUCACCCAAACAGCAUGAUGUCUCCUAUGCAAUAAGAGACACGCUACACACUCUACAAAAGGUUUUAUUCAUUUCUUAAAUGAUACAUUAUGAAAUUUUGUGGCAUUUUUAAAUACAUGUUUUUAAUGCCGAUUAUAUAAUUCCAUAAGGAACAUGGUCAAAGUAGCUUAACUGUGCUUCAAAGAUACCCAUUUAAGACUGGUGAUACGCUUUUCCAGUUUAAAUAUGUGUUAAACAUCAGGUAGCAGCAAUUACAUCUGCUUAGGCAGGCUGUGACUGAGGAAUCCCUUGUACUCUAAAAAGGAAUUCUCCACUAGACUGGUGCAGUUUAGGAAAUGACACAUCCUCUACUUCUGUGAGUCUGGAAGCAGGUGUCUGUAUAACAUCUACCUGUGGCAGCACAUCCAUAGCUUUUUAAAAUAUAUCAUUGCUGGUACUGGAAACAGGUAUAGAAAGUCACUGGGUUAAAAAUUCCUACCACUCAGCUGCUCCUGUGAAUAUGUUGUGAAGAAAAUAAAAUUCAAUAAAAACUGUAUAUAGUGCAAUUGUUUUAAACAAAAAACAAAUUGUAAAUUUGCAUUUAAAAAAAAACAACAACUUUCAACUUAUCAGAAUAGAAUCUAGUAACCGUCACCUUGGUGUGAUUUGCUUUUUUAUUUAUUUUUUUAAUAUAAUUUGUAUAAUACAUUAUUGUUCUUCUUGGGCGUAAUCUUCCAAGGUGACUGAUUUUAAUGAACAAAACUUCCAGUUUGGUCUAUGUGAAAAAAUGAACUUGUCUUCAUUUCAUUUAAAGAGCAACUUGGUGCAGGUAUGGAGUAUCACAGAUAUCUUCACUCACUGAUUGCUGUUUCAAUUUGAAGAUCGUUUUCUGUUUCAGUCAUGGCAUCUAUUUCCCAAAAGUUUAAGGCACCCCUGUGGCUUCAACAGAGCUCUCAGAAUCAUGUCUACCCAGCUGGUUGAAUGUAACUCUUCACCUGUUCAAAUACCACCCCUUUGCAUUGAGUAAAACAAUAUUAAGUAGACAGACAUUUAAUCUGAUGCCAUUACCACUGAGCAAAUGUAUUUUUGACUGUGUCUUUAGUGAAGUGAUUCACAUUGAACCAAAGCUAUGUUUUGCCCGUCAGGUGACCUUUACAAAAAUCGGUGUCAGAAAAAACAACAUCAUGAUGGUUCUUACCAUUACACAGACUGGUGCAAAACUGUUAACUUUGUAAUUUAAAGUUAUUAUCUAGUGUUUGAAAUGUGGAUGUAUUGGAAAGGUGACACCAUUAUUUGUAAAUUCAGUUUAUCAAUAAUGUGAGGUGUGCAGAAUUGGAUAAUGCAUUUUCUUAUGUCUGGUAGUUCGCUACAGUCUGUGAAUUUCAAAUCUGUGUCUGAAACUGAAGUCUGGUAUGCUUUUUUCUAUAAAAGUGUACUAAUUCCAUGCUCAUUAAGACACAUGAAAUUGAAGUCUUGCCUAGGGAAAAUAUAAAAUGGUGGUUCCAAUGGUAACUAUUUUCUGCAUUUUAUGUAGCAAAAACAGCAGCAAAAUGCCAAAGUUCCUCUGGUAAUAAAAAUAUAAACAGCAUGUUAGAUUUUGUCAGGAUGCAUGAUAUGGAUGUAUAUAAACUGUAGCGAACAACUCCAUGCAUAAACCCAAAACCUGAAAGUGCUUAGGAUAUACACAGAAUGAUCAGAUAGAACUGUACAUAGCUCAGCUUCCAUACAAAACCCUUCAACUGUGCUCAUGGGUCUUCUUAACUAAUAAUUAUAAUAAUCUAAUGGGGUUUUAGCUUUGCUUUCUGUCUUUAUCAAAGCUUUUAUUAGUUAUAUGAAUUAUUUGAUCUUUGACGCUUCUUUGUAAUCAAGGUAAAAUGAUGAAGACAGAUUUUUUUCUGUCUGAAUUUUAUAUCUUAAAGGUUUUACCAUCAUGAACUUCUGCUGUUUGACGUAACCCUUUAGUGCCUAAUGAAAACAUUGUGUACAUUUUUUACAGUUGUUUUCCCCCAGUCUGCCAGUGUAAAACUGGUGCUUAGUGUUCACAAAAUGUGUAAAAUCAUUCUACUUUCCUCGACUCUCACUAGGUGACAGUUUGUUCAACAGGUUACAAAUGGGGUUUGGAACUUGUGUGUGUGUGUUUUUUUGUUGUUUGUUUUUAAUAAGCCUGUAUUAAGGUAUCAAUUCACCUUGAGUUCAGGGGCUGCUCUUGUUCUAUUUGCCUGCUGCAUGCAAUAUAAAGAGCAGGGUAUUUAUAUAAGUGAGUGCGUGCACCAUCGAGCGCUGUGUAUUGCCAGCAAUGGAAAAGCAAAUUGAGCCAAAGUAACAGAACAUUAGAUGGUACAUUGGCUAAUCUAGCAACUCUAAAUAUACAAAUAAUAAUGAAAACAAAACAUUAAGUAUAACAAGAACUACCUGGAAUGAUUGCAAACAUCAACACAACCUGAACAGAUAUAUAAAAUGAUCAGUUCCAUUUGAAACUACUUACAUUAACCUUCUGAAUGGCAAACACCUUGUAAAUAUGGCCCAGAAUGUACAAAUGUGAAGAUCAAAUCAAAUUAUUACAAUGUAACAAAUGUCUUGUACACGUCUUGGGCAUUAAAGGGUUCACUCAAGGAGAAGCAGCAGUACACUACAUAUCCACGAAGACUUGAAAACAGAAGAGACAUAUUAACAGGUGAAUCACUUCCGUGCUAUUGCCAGACCAGUGGGAAGUGUUCACCAGAUGUUUGCCCUAUCGGUAAUAACCUCUUAAUAGUUUCUAAUGGAGUUUAUAUUUUAUUGUUUUAUUUUGUUUCCUUUUAAUUUAUACAAACUUCUUUAAAAAAAAAUAAAAUAAAGUUUUGUUGACUAUGGAGCAUAUUGUAGUUCUUAGAAGUGUGCAAAAAUGGAUGCUUUAUAUUUUAUAUAUACAAAAACAGUUUAAAAUUAAUUAUCGGACAUGGGAGAGAGUGAUGUAAAGAUACACUAAUCUCGCAUGCAAUGGUCCUGGUGGGCUACUUGUGUCAAACUUAAGGUCCAAAGAUAAUUUGAUGAUGUGACUAUUUUGUUAAAAGACAAAAAAUAAGUGAGUUAGGGAAAGCAUGUAUUCAUACCAACUAUAAAAAACACACAUUUCUCAUUCAAGAACCAUUUAGUGAACUACAGCAAUGGAUGUGCUUUCGGUCCUGUAUCAUGAUACAUACUGUAGGAUACACGAAAUCUCGUUAAGAAACUAUCACGAUUCAUCUAUAGACAAUGAGCCGUUCCUCCCCUAAUGGGAGAGUCUCCACCCAUCCUCUCUACGAGGAUUUGAUUAUGGAAGGUAUUCGUCUUCAGGGUGUAGACUGAGACAGAAAGACAAGAUCAAUGCAUAAAGGUUCACAUUUUUGAAUGACCCUAAACUUUUUUCAAAUUAUGAAUUGUAUUAGUAAAUUUGCAAAUCCCUCAUAUGCAAAUGGUAUCCUUAACUACUCUGUUAUAUGAGCUGUUUGCAUAUUUUCUGUGUAGGGUUGUGUAGGUGGUAUUGUGAAUCCUUUUCCCACAAGAGAUGAAUUAUAUCAUCAAAGAGUAAGCAGGUUUGCUCAGCAAUAUUGCAGUUUACUGGCACUGUUGAUGCCACCUGUCUUCAUUAUAUUUUAGGAGGAAAAAAAAAAAAAAAAUUUAAAUUUUCUUUGCCCAACAUUUCAAUUUUACACUGAAUUUUUCUGAUCUUUGACGAAAUAGUUUGUGAAGAAGAAUAUAUUGAAAAGAUCUGUACGAUUGAUAUGGGUUAUGUAAUGUUUCUAAAACCCUGAAAAUAAGUCACUACCUCAAAUGGCCUCUUAGAGCUGAGGCUUUUGAAGCGUGAUGUCAGCUUUUUAAAUCACCACCACAAAACAGUUCAUUGUUCUAUAUGAUCCUCAUGAUCGAACUUGACCACAGUAUGUCAGCCGUCUUUGGUCAAGGUCAAUGUGAAUAACAUUGAAAAUAUGAAGCUGGCUCAUCAAGUAGUUUGUGCCAGUUUUUAAAAACCCUGUGCCAGCAGCAGAAUGGCAAUGACAUAUUCCCCUCACAGAAAUGCUUAUGAACUCAAUGGGAUUCAUGACACAGCCCUGCCAAAACCCUGAAAAACAUGCAUUAUAAAAUAGAUACAUGAAUAGGAAACAUGGUAGAAUUAUGCACACCGUAACCCAAUGAGUUUUAUUAAAUAUAAUACCUCUGUGCCAAAGUGUUUAUUGUUUGAUUGUUUUGCAUGAAUCUGUGUAUUAUCUACCAUAAAGAAAGUUGUUGAUUAUAUACUGUAGUUUAUUUACAACCUCAAAGCUAAGCUGUAGA